AUGAACUCUGACACUCCGCUUGACUUUGCUCUAUUUCAGCUGUCACCGAGGAGGUCUCGGUGUGUAUAUGCUGCCUCUAUGCCUGUGUUUUUUCUCUUUUGAAUGUGCGCCCAUACCGUGCUCAUUCACUUGGUUGCAGGUGCGAAUUGUUUGUUUCCGCCGAUGGAAAGACUGAAAAGCUUGCGUCAGGGCUGCUCAAACCCUUUGUAUCCCACCUAAAGGCUGCAGAAGAGCAGGCAACCCAGUCUAUCCAGUCUAUAAAGCUAGAGAUAGAGAAGCGUGGGCAUGGUGGCUCAUGGUUUCAUAAGGGAACACUUGAAAGGUUAGGAAUGCAUGUGGAUACUACGAGUUGAUAAUUAUUUGAUUUUUCUUGGAAUGUGCUUGUCUAUGAGCCAAAGCCACUAUUUUAGCGCUAUUAUAAGGCAUAAUGCGUACUUCCGAGUUUUUUCUUGCCAUAUGUCAAAAUUUAGUUAUGUUACAGGUUUGUCAGGUUUGUCAGUACCCCUGAAGUCUUGGAAGUGAUCAGUACGCUUGAUGCAGAGAUGUCUCAGUUGGAAGUAGCGAGAAGAAUUUACUUUCAGGUAAAUGCCUCCCGCAUACUCCUUUUUGUUUUUGUUUUUUCAUUUUUUUUUGAGGUUCAACCUCCACUUUUUAGCGUGGACUGAGAGUGGAAAUUCUCACUCAGGGAGCUGGUGAUCCUCUUUCAGGGACAUCACCAGGUAUGAUGAUUUUGCCCCUUGUCACCUUUUUAGUGUUUAGGUUUUAUUUGGUAGUCAUUGUGAUGAGCAUUGCCAUUACUAGGAUUGAAGAUUUUCCUUACAUUACACUCUAAUCGAUUACUGAUUUCCAGUAGUGUAAUUAUGCUAAGAUAUUGGGAUACUCUGUAUACGUGCCUUUUCUUAUGUAUUUCUAGCCCCAUCAACUCCAUUCAUUCCCAAUGUUGACCAAGACAACGACAGAAUGAUAAAACUAGAAGCACCUGUCCUGUUUGCUCAAACCUGCUUCCUUCUUGUAGGUUUCCCUAAUCCGAUUGAUCCUCCAUCUUAGUGCACUGGUUUUUGAAUCCUAAAUGUAAUUAAUUACUGCAUCAAAAUCGUAUUUAUAGCUGUGGACAAAUCGAAAAAUAUUAAUGCAUAUAAUCUAACAGGAAGACUGUUUCACUUUGUUCAGUCACAUUGUGAAGCUUUUCCUGCAUUAUCAUCUCUAUUCAUAUCUAUGUGACGCCGUAAAUUUUGUUGAGGAUGGAUGACCAAUAAGAAUUUCUCAUUGAUCAGUGAAAGCCACUGUUAGUGCCUGUUUAGUUUCGUUGCAUGAGAUGUUGAAGUUCAGGAGAUUACUUGCAAAUCGUUAUUGUCAUAGUACUCAGGCUAAAAGAUGUACUUUCAGAUUAAGACAUACAGGCGUCCUGCUCUUGAUCAAAAGUUGUGAGCGGAUUGGAGCCAAUGCACUUGAUGAUUCUUCUUAGGCGUGCUUUCGAACAUGGCUGCAUCUUUCUCUCAUUUUACUGAUAAGCAUUGGGACCCUCAUUGUUUCAAAAAUUUACUGUUCUUGAUAGGACGAUUGGAAACAUAAGUUCACAUGCUGCACAUCCGGCUACAUCCAUUCGGCUGGACAGCACAAAAAAAAAGAUGCCUCGUGUUAAUUUCCGUUGAUAAACAACUAGAUGUAGGAAUCUGUGUGGGUGUCCAAUAGCCUGUCCAUUUUUAUGUGGGAAUCUAUAUCAUUUGACUCCAAUAAGAUCUUACACGGACCUUCUGUCCAGUGGAAUAUCCAACGCAUUUGAACCCGAUUGGUGGGGAUGAUCUAAAUCUUAGUUGUAAUGCUUACGCAUUGGUAAGGUCUUCUUCUGACCUGGAUGAUUUGUGUUUAAAUCAACUCCUACAUUGUUCAUGCAUAGCCUGCAUUAGUUGAGUAAGACCUUACAUCAAGUCCUACAAGUCCACCAGAUCCCUAAAUUUAUUGCCUCCCUUAAAUAUCCUUGCAAAUGCUUAGUGCAUUGGUAAUGUCUUCUUCUGAUCUGGAUAAAAAUAUUUCUCUUUUCAUCCGUCUUAAACUAGAUGAUUUGUUUAUAUCGUGGUCAAUGGUCCUUUUUAUUCUCACAACUUCCUCCCUUCUUUGUGAUUUUACCCAGAAGAAGCUGAAACAGCAGAGACAACAGCAGCAGAUGUUACUAAGUAAGAUCUCGUCUCACAACGCAGAAAACAUAGACUCCUGUUCUGUACAUUUUUCCGUGAAUUUUUUUUUAUUCGUUUUAGUAAUGAAAGUUACUACUCGUUCUGAAAACUCUAGUGCAUUUGCCCAUUGGAUUCAUCAAGCAAUGGAAGUAAUUUUUUUGCACUGUUGAGUCUUUAAGAAAAUGUUUUCUUUGAGCUUGAAAAGAUGAUAUCCCAUCCUGAAGGAAUCAUUUCUUAAGUCACUUUGUUGAUAUGGAAUAAAACCUAUUAUAACUGCUGCAGUAGUCAUAAUAAGUUUCUUCACUUGGAAUAAGAGACUGGGAAGACGAUUCUUUAUCUCUACAGCCAUGCAGCUGAGGAACUGUCGGUAUCCCACACUUAAAUUAACGUCAUGAAUCCUCCCUUGACUGGGCUUGCUGAAUGGAAGAGAGAUUCUCUGAAGCUAGAAAGUAAAUCCCUAGAAAAAAAACUCCCUAGUUCUUAGUCCUCAGGUAGGAUAUGCAUAUUUUAUAUAAAAUACAGAACUCCUUGAAAUCAAGUUAUCUAUAUUUUUGUAUCAGAAACUAUCUAAUGACAGAGAUUUCCUCAUAACUUUUCUGACAACAUUAGAUGUGCUGAACAACUCCUUUAACCAUUAUAGCUUUGUUGACCGACCAUGGCCUGCUGUGCAGGAAGGAGCUUUUAAGAGCCAUUGAUCUGCGCUUGGCUGCUGUAAAGCAGGACCUAACCAUGGCCUGUGCUCGUGCCUCAGCUGCAGGCUUCACGCUUGAGAGUAUUUCGGAUCUAAGGCUCUUUGCAGACCAUUUCGGAGCUCACCGCCUCAAGUAAGAAAAUUCUGAUCUCUGUUCUUUCUUGUGCCGCUUAACACAUCUUUCCUAUGCAUAUCAUCACCAAAAUAAAAAAAUUGUGGGUUUUAGAUAAAAUCAUCCAUUUUUGCUCAAAUGGGUUCCUUAGGAUGGAGCAGUUAAUUGGUGGGUAAAUUGAACUCAGGUCCAAGCCUUUUCUUGCUCGUCUCCAAUUUCCAACCUGAUCUACCUUCUGCUGAUGGAUGUAUCUCAGGUGUCUCCCUUCCUCCUGUUAACCGUCAUUCUAAAUUGAAGAAUACUAAUUCGAAUCCACCAAUGGACGUAAAUAGUUGAUUGAUCAAGAGGGUCAUUGAGACUGAAAACCUGUAAGGGCUUCUUAGAGAAACCUGCCAGAUCCGCCUCACUUGAGCCCAUUAGGGAGGUUUCCACCUCAAGGGCAUCACCACCACCAGAUUUUAAAACCUAAGCAUUCUCUUCUGUUUUAAUGAUUGAGUGGGAUGAAAGCUUGUAUGGUAAACCCCGUGAUCACUGGUACCUAAUUUCUAGUCUCUUCAUUCAUCUUAUUUCACUCUUCAAGACAACAGAAACAAUAGGAGCGGAGGAUCAACAGGAAGGCAAAUACUUCAAAAUCUCUAGCUUGCCCGCUGGCAGUUCCUUUAUAGAGGGAGUGUGAUCUCAUCUUUCUCAGAAUCCAUUGAAAAACCUAAAUCCUUAUACCCCUACACCCACGAUAUUUGAGAAAAAUAUUUAGCUGGCCGAGUGUUUACUGGGGAAAUAUAUAGUAAGUUUCUGUAGAUUGACAGUCCACCGUUGACUUUUCCAAUGGUACCGCUGGUCACCCCGAAUGGGUGUAGUAUGGCUCCAAACAAUUGCAUUAGGUACCAUGGCAGUUGAACCGUCCCCAAUCGACGGUUGAAAUGUCAGUUUGGCUGUCGAUGGUGGGGUCGUGCUUAUUCUUGACUUUUCUGCCCUAAGUGGUUCUGAUGGUCAAAUCCAAAAAGUUUGGAUUUUUAGAAGCCGCCUUCAACCCGUUUCCAACAUGAUUGGCCUGCCCAAUUGACCCAUCUUUCCGGUCCUCAUGGUCGUAUAAUUGACCGAUCUGCGGCCCCUUCCCGAGAGGUUAAUCGUCCGUUUGAUUUUGAAGUGAAGGGCGAUCCUGACCGUCGAUGAGGGUGGAUAAAGGCUCUGGAUGGGCCCACAUCACCCUGGUUUCACGGCCCUCGUGAACUUUUCUGGGCUUAGAGAUUCGUCGUUAUCCGGUAGUUCACCGCAUGGCUGUCGUACGGAAGUUUACUAGGCGUCGGACGUCUCUUCAUGGAAGCCAACGAUGGUGGUUGCCCCUCCUCUUCGUUCACUGUCUGCGUACACAAUGGGGAGAGACGUCUCCUGGAGCUGACGUGACCCCCUCGAGCGGGACGCGUUAGCUCAGAUGACGCUUCUUCAGCUUUCCUUUUUUUCUUUUUUGUGGAAUGAUGGGUGCGAUGAUCUCUGAUACGCGUGCCGAUUUCCUUCUGGUCCGUGCAGCGUAGCAUGCAGCAAGUUUGUGUCGCUGUGCCAGCGGCAGCCGGAGCUGAUGACCCGUCCCCAGGAGCGUCAGCAGCCGUCGCCGCCUCCGCCCGUCACGUGGAAUGGGCCGCCGCUUGGAUUUGCGGAUCGCGAUGUCCGGGGCUCGUCGGGGUCGGACAUGUCCAUUGACGACCCCGAGGACGCCGCCGCAAGCACCAUCCCCACCGCGGGCCCAUCUGCCGCCAGGCCUCUGAGUGGUCCCUGGCCGAGUAGCAAUACCAGCGGAAGCAACUCCGGCCAGCAGCAGCCGCAACGACCUUUCCGCGCUCGUUCGGCGGAGCCUCCCUCCCACCAGGAGCAGAAGGCUCCCUCUCUGACCAAGUCGUCAUCUUCCCAGAAGAUAGUGAACGAGUCGGAGCUGAAGUCCUCAGAGGCCCAGCCAGUCGGAGGGUCAAGGAGGUUGAGCGUGCAGGACCGAAUCAGCCUGUUUGAGAGUAAGCAGAAGGAACAGUCGGGCGUUGGUGUUAUCGGUGGGAUUGGAGGUAAAGCUGGCGGCAAGCCAGAGCUCCGGAGGCUGUCCUCUGACCUGACGUCGUCGGUGGACAAAGGGGUGUUGAGGAGAUGGAGUUGCGCCAGCGACAUGAGCAUUGAUCUCUCCAGCAGCAACAGCAACAGCAAUACCCGGAAGGAGACAGAGAUUGCAUCAGGCACACCCUCUUCUUCCACGACAUCCAACGCUCAGGUUUGUGUUAAAAACGAAGAGAAGGAUACUGCGGAUUCUCAGCCUCGUUCAGCUGGGGACAAUCUGCAGUCUGUCCUGCCCUUCUCGUCAUCCAAGGGGGAAUCACUAUCUUCUGGAAAGGGAAGCGAUCAAACAGAGGAUGCUCAGCCGAAGGACCAGGUAGCUUCUUCUGGGCAAUGCUUCUCUCCUUUGAGGUUUUCAGCUGUUGACAGUCUGAAGGAGAAGGCAGAUUCUCAGAUCGAGUCCAUGGCUUCUGUGAGAUUGUCAGAGAACCAAGCCUGUUUAAAGGCGUCAUCUGGUGUGAUCAACAAGGAGCCAAAAAACCGAUCUUCUUCAUUUGUUCAACAGAAGCCCCUUGCAGGUGCUGUGGAACAUCCUGGAACAGUAGCAGUUCCUCGGAAUCAAGUUAAAGUAUCAACUGUGACAGGACAGGUAGCGCAAAAAGAGAAGGAAACAUCUCAAAGAGCACAGCCAUCUACAGCUUUCUCGGGUAGGGUGAUACAUGUUAGGAGCCAAGAGACUCGCACCACAGAGAGCCCUCCCACUUUAGCGGUGAGACCAACCCCAGGUCAAUUUGAGAAUGGUCCUGUGGAUCUACAGGUCUGUUUGACCCAGUCUAAAGCAUCUGGGGACAAAGCUGAGGGCAUGGGAUCGAAUAAGAAAGGCACAGUACGUUCUCAGGUUCAGCAGAAGAUUCCUAUGGAUAAGGCAGAAGUUUCAGCGGUGAAGAGUGAAAAGUUGGGUGCUCAAUCCCGUGGUAAAUAUUUUGUCAGCAAGCCCGAAGAAAUAAGGAAACCAGAACCAGUAUCUCAGGCACAAGGUGGAGACCUUUUUAGCCGGUUGAAAGAUGAAGAUUCCGAUGUCCAGGAGAAGCAAGUCUCUGCACCUUCACAGAAAAGAUUCCGUGACAGGGUAAACGAAAGAGUUCCUGCUCGUGACAUUCAUUCGCAUGCACACGAAAGUGUUCCAUCAAAACCUCCAGGGAAAAAUCCUGUGGAGAACACAGAUACAUUUGAUACAGCUUUCUCUUCCACUGUAGAGCCAACUCAUGCUGUAAGAUCUUCUAAAGGAAAUCAAGAGCUGAAUGAUGAGUUGCAAAUGAAAGCUGAUGAACUGGAAAAGCUUUUUGCAGCUCACAAGCUGAGACUUCAUGCAGAUCAGACUUCGGCUUUGAGGAGAGGCAAAGCUGUUGAUCAGCCUGUAGAUAAUAGACGUGCCACAGAAAGAAGAUCGACCAAUGUACUUCCAGACAGUUUGUCCGAGGGAAGACUUACAAGACUUCCGCCGAAUAAGAGAGUUGAAUCCAAUCCUGAUUUGCUUGUUGAUAAUCAAGACUAUGUUAACAUGCCAAGACAAAAUCUGUUCAAUCCUAUUUCGUCGGAUGAAUCCAGGGGAAAAUUCUAUGAGAGAUACAUGCAGAAAAGAGAUGCAAAGCUAAGGGAAGAGUGGGAUUCAAAGAGAACUCAGAAGGAAGCAAAGAUGAAGAAAAUGCGUGAUGAUCUUGAACGCAGCAAAGCUGAAAUGAAGGCCAAUUUCUCUGGAUCCGCAGAAAGGCUGGAUUCAGUGCUUAGUGCUCAUCGUCGUGCAGAGAGGUUAAGAUCUUUCAGUCUCAAUUUUGCUAUGAAAAGCCAAGAACAGCAGGUAUUGAAAUAAAUAUAAGGUUCCGAAAAAAACAUUGCAUCACACUUUUGCAUCAGUUUAACUAGUAAUUUGUCUAAAAAAAUUUGUUGGGUUGAUCUUCUUGAUUUCAGCAAUUUAUUGAUUAGGAAUUUUAAAAGUUAGACAGAAGUCCUUUUGGCAUCCAGUUCUCAAUUUUCUAAGACUCUCUGUCUUGUGGUAUCGUCUUUAAGAAACUUGUUUGUGGAUCCCCAUUAGAGUUUUAACAUUUGAGACGAGCAUCAUGUUCUCAAGAGAAGCAUAACAUUGUUUUUCCUGCUCUACAAAGUUGAAAAAUAGAUUGGAGGUAUCCACUUUUCAGAUGGGCCACAAUCUCCAGUGAUUUUUUAUUUGGCAUGUUGAUUUUAUGUGGGCUUUUGACGACAUAAAAGUGGGUAAGAUUUUUGUGGAACGACGCAGGAUUUGAUUCUAAAACAAUGUGUUUGAUCUUUAGUUCAUCCUUCCAACCCCCCCCUCCCCCCCCCCUUUUUGAUUUAAUAAUCAUGCGGUACUCUGAAACAAUCGGACCCCUAACCGGCCCAAUCUAAUGUCUUUAACAUCUGCUCCCCGUUUUCCCAUACAAUCAAUCACUUUCAGUUGUAUUUUAUUAUGUUUGGCGUUCUUGAUAUCCUUCGGAGACUUAUUUUCUGAAGUUUUUCCAUCUUCACUUCAGCACGUGGAAUUUUUCAAAAGUGAGGAAGAUGAGGACAAAGAAUCUUCUCGGAGUUCUCAAUGCGGCCCUGACACAUUCUUCUCUGAACCUGCACUCGGUGGUAGUUCUUCUAAGAGCAGCAACUCCAGGAAACUCCUGAGCAGCAGCAGCAGCACAGGCGUGUCUUCAUCUACUCCUCGCACCUCAGCCGUGACAGCUCCCCGGCCAUCUUUGAGAGGCGCCAAUUCCAGCUCUGGACGAAGCAAUCUGCGACCUGAAGAUAUUCUUGCUCAGUCAGGCCCGGAUUUCCCGGACCUCAGAAAGGAAACCGCCAUGGCGUCGUCGUCUGGGGCGAGCAGAGACCCAACUCGCUCUCACUUGAGGAGCUCUACUCGCAGCAAAAGCAUCAGUGAGGACAUCAACCUGGUCAGGGAAGAAAAGCCUCGGCGGUGUCAGUCCAUGAGAAAAGCUCCUCCGAUCCCUGGCGGUCUCACAGCUGUGACCUCCGACGGCUUCGUCCAGGCGAAGGGUCUCCUCGGGAGAGGUGGGAAGUCAGAAGCUUUAUAUGCAUCCGAGAACCUGAACAGUGCUGAAGAUGCCAUGGCCAGAGACUCCCCUGCUGCAUCAGACAAUGAGAAGCUGAGCAUGAGCCAGGGCUUGGGCGACUCGGGCGACUCGGGCUAUCCCUGCUCAGAAAAUGGCCGAGACUCACCCUCACCAUCUCAGAUGGACGACGAUUCAGCUGCAGCACUGGUCACCGUCUCCUCCAAGUUCAGCUCAUCCACAGGGGCUGCGCCGGAGUCAUCUGGGGAGAGCCACGAAGCGUCUGAGGGUGAGUCUCAGAGCGGCAGUCCUGCGUCGUGGAGCUCUCAUCCGCUGAACCACGCAGAGGCUGACGUCUCUCGGAUGAGGAAGAAGUGGGGAAACGCUCAGAAACCGAUCAUGAUCUCUCAUUCUUCCAACCCGUCGCGUAAAGAAUCAUCAAGAGGGUUCAAGCGAUUGCUGACGUUUGGGAGGAAGAACAAGGGAGCAGAGAGUCCAGUGAUCGAUUGGGUUUCUGCCUCCACUACCGCUUCCGAGGGAGAAGACGACGCAGAGGAUGCCCGUGAUCCGUCUGGUGAUCUGAGAAAGUCUAGAAUGGGCGUCCCUCACUGUCACUAUCUCCAUGAUGGCUUUAACGCAGAGGUUGACUAUCUUCAUGAACAAGGUACGACCUUCUUUGGUGUGGCCCACAUUAUCUUGACCUCGCUUCCCAAACUCUGAACUUAGGCCAUGAUAUUGAUCCGUAUUUUCAGCAAAAUAAUAUGAAUAAGGGAAGGCCCUCAUAAUAAGCAGGUGCUAGUGAGUCAACGUUUUCAGUUUCUGCAGUUCUAAGAGAGUCUCAGGUGGCAGGUCCAGGUUUCUGUGGUUUCAGAAGACACCCCAAGCUGCCUGCCAAACUCAAUAUUUUUCAUCUAAAAUUGGCACAAAUAAAGGCAUAGCCCAUCAGAUUGUGGUCAAACCCAGUAUCCUAAAUGCGGAAAGUGGGUUUGACCACAUCUGAUUGAGGACAUGACAUGCUUCAUCUGCAGACCUCAGUUCUUACCCACAGUCCUCUUUUUAUAUCAUCAUCAUCCCACCAUUGACUUUAUUUAAUUAUCUUUUUAUUUUAUUUUAUUUUAUCUUAUCUUAUCUUAUCUUAUUUUAUUUAUUUAUUGUGCUGACUUUGGAAACUGGGUUCGUGGCAGGUGCGCGGUCGUUCUUCUCCCUCUCUUCUCUCCGGGCCAAGGGGGGCAGACCAAGGCCCGUGUGA